AUGCGGAGCCCCAUCCCUGCUGGGAUUCCAUGUGGUACUGAUGAUGCGGGAUCGGUAAAUGGAGCGAAGGAAGGAGAUGAUGCAGGGCAGGAGGGCUGCUACUGUGAGGACCGAAGCCUUCCCACAGCGCGCAUUAAGAUAGCCGGCUGGACCACCCCCCACAACCUGGUGCAGACCCUUCAGGAGGAGGCAGUGUGCGCCAUCUGCCUGGAGUACUUCACGGACCCCAUGUCCAUCCGCUGUGAGCACAACUUCUGCCGAGGGUGUGUGACCCAGCUGUGGGGAGGGGAGGAUGAGGAGGACAGGGACAAGGAAGAAGAUGAAUGGGAGCAGGAGGAGUAGAAUGACGAGGCGGAGGGGGCCGUCGGUGGAUCGGACAACUCCACUGGAGAGGUUUUGUACCAGGGGAAUGUUGACAAGGAGUUGUUCCAGAAGCAAGAGGAUGAUGAAGUCUGGGUCGGUGGUGGUGGCGUAAGGAAUUGGGGCAACAUGGAUUAUGUGUGGGACCAGGAGGAAGAAGAGGAGGAGGAAGAUCGGAACUAUUACCUGGGAGGCCUGAGACAGGACCUGAGAAUUGAUGUCUACCCGGAAGAAGAGGAGGAGAUACUGGAAGAAUACGAUGAGUACGAUGAAGAGCUGUAUCCUGACCACCUGCCUCCUCCCCUGGCCCCUCCACGGCAGUUCACCUGCCUCCAGUGCCGAAAGAGUUCACGUCGCAGCUUUUGUCCCAACCUGCAGCUGGCCAGCAUGGUCCAGGUGAUUCCAAUGUGCUCCACUCCUUAUCAAGGGAGCCGGGGGACCGAGCAGGGCAUUUGCCCCAAACACCAGGAAGCCCUGAAGCUCUUCUGUGAGGUGGAUGAAGAAGCCAUCUGUGUGGUGUGCCGAGAAUCCAGGAGCCGCAAACAGCACAGCGUGGUGCCUCUGGAGGAGGUGGUGCAGGAGUACAAGAAGAUAGGGUUAACUUCUUCAGUUGUUAUCUGGCGCUCCGCGCAGCCCACAGGCCGCCUUCUCUCCCGUCCCCCGCCGGCCUUCCGCUCCGGCACUCAGGCGCCUCCGUCCGGCCCCGCGAAGCCCCUCCGGGCACGGCGUGCCUCGGCCGGUGUCAGGCAGAAGCCUCGGGAGGGACGGCAGCGCUGCGCGGCGUCGGUCCUGGCUGAGGACUUCACCCGGGCGCUGUGUACUGGAAAAGCCGCAGGCCGUCUUUCCCGCCGCGGACCCCGCCACUCGCGGCUGCGGCUCGGGGCCAAGCUCGCCCUCAGUGGCCGGAGCUCCGGCGGAAGGCGGGCGCGCGCUGCGCCGCGUAGGGCCGCGGCAGCCGGCCGAGCCUAUGGGAGCGCGCCGGCACGGCCCCGCCUCCGCUUCGUGGACGUCGCGCUGCAAUCAACGUUUGAGGUGCCGUUUCGAGCCCUCGGGCGUGUUGAUUUCGGAAUGUAUUUGUACAGCGCUGCCCAGUUCUGUUGCGUGGCGGAGGGGACCCUGUGGUCGUGUUAUUUCGCCUCGUCCUAG